CAUGUUAUCUGGCCUCUCCAGUUCAGCACAUCUUAAAUGGGGACUAGGUGAAGAAAACUAGUCUAUAAUUGCUAAUUCUGUCGAAUCAGCACCAGCACAAAGAGCUAAUUAGUGGUUCGGUCAUGUCAGGCUGCGGAGGAGCAGUGGCAAAUUAAAAGAGCAAUCUUUCUUGCUUGAACGCCUAUAUAGUCAUCUGAAACAGUAUAGCGCUUAAUAAUUCACCGGAGACAGACAGAAUUGAAAAAUGGAGAAACCAAGAGCAACGCCAUCGGAGGUAUUCGAACUGCCUGCAAGUCACGAUGUUGGCAGCAGCAGGAAGGGUGAGGGGUCUGAGACACGAGAUCAGGGUGGUUUAAAAAGCACUUCUAAUAUUGCUUCGACAGUCACUAGCACAAAGACAAGCUUGAAAAAGUGGAUGGCAUUUGACACACAGGCCGUAAGCAAGCCCGAGCCCGGCAAUUCUAAUUCUUCUGGUGAUCAAAUUAUAAGAACUGAAGCUGGCAUAGCCGCAAGGACAGCAGAGUGGGGUGUGGUGGUGCAGGCAGACGUGGGAGAAGGUAGCUUCAGUGCAGCAGAGAGUACGAAAAACAAUAUGUCGAGGUCAUCACACAAUGGAGACAGAGUUGUCGGAGCGGAUCAGUCGAGCAGGACAUCGGAUGAAUCAAACUAUGGAUAUGAAAGAUCGUCAGGGGCCUUUCCGAGAGUAUCACAAGAGUUGAAGGAGGCUUUGGCAACUCUGCAGCAAACAUUUGUUGUAUCCGAUGCAACAAAACCAGACUGCCCCAUCAUGUACGCCAGCAGCGGCUUCUUUACCAUGACCGGCUAUUCUUCUGAGGAGAUUAUUGGAAAGAACUGCCGAUUUCUUCAGGGACGGGAAACAGACAGGAAUGAAGUGGCCAAAAUACGAGACGCAGUUCAAAAUGGGAAGAGCUACUGUGGAAGGCUCUUGAACUACAAGAAGGAUGGUACCCCUUUCUGGAAUCUUCUCACUAUCACCCCUAUCAAAGAUGAUAAUGGGACUACCAUCAAAUUUAUUGGAAUGCAGGUGGAGGUCAGCAAAUACACUGAAGGUGUUAAUGACAAGGCAUUACGGCCGAAUGGGUUGUCCCAGUCAUUAAUCCGUUAUGAUUCUCGUCAGAAGGAGAAGGCUUUAGGGUCCAUGACAGAGGUUGUGCAAACUAUAAAACAUCCUGGAUCUCACAUCCGGGCUAUGAGUCAUGAUAGUACCAGCAAGCAUGAAGAACAGGAAAAUUUCAACCUUGAUUAUGUUCUGCCAAAAUCUGCUGAAAUUCAGAAUAUGAAUACACCAAGUAGACAAACUCCUCAAUCAGAUUCCAGGGGUGAUGUGUCUCACUCAAUUUCUUGUCAGGAAGCACACCAAAAAUCUAGGCAAUCAGGACGCAUUUCGUUGAUGGGAUUUAAAGAGAGGUCUCUGAGCUCUGCAGGGAGGCUUGAGGAGAAGCCAAGUAUAGAACAAGAGGUUUUGAUGACUAAAGACAUAGAACACUUGGACAGUUGGGAACUUACUGAAAGGGAAAGGGAUAUACGCCAAGGAAUUGACCUAGCAACCACAUUGGAACGCAUUGAAAAGAACUUUGUGAUCGCUGAUCCUAGACUUCCUGACAACCCGAUUAUAUUUGCAUCUGAUAGCUUUCUCGAAUUGACUGAAUAUACACGUGAAGAAAUUUUGGGACGAAACUGUCGAUUUCUUCAAGGACCUGAAACAGAUCAAGAAACUGUCUCAAAAAUUAGAGAUGCCAUUAGAGAACAGAGGGAAAUCACUGUUCAGUUGAUCAAUUAUACUAAGAGUGGAAAGAAAUUCUGGAAUUUAUUUCACCUGCAACCAAUGCGUGACCAAAAGGGUGAACUUCAAUACUUCAUUGGUGUCCAACUAGAUGGAAGCGAUCAUGUGGAACCCCUGCGCAACCGCCUCUCAGAGACAACAGAGCAGCAAAGUGCCAAAUUGGUCAAAGCCACUGCAGAAAAUGUUGAUGAAGCUGUCCGAGAACUUCCCGAUGCCAACUUGAGACCAGAAGAUUUGUGGGCAAUUCAUUCUCAGCCUGUUUUUCCAAGACCUCACAGAAAGGAUAGUCCUUCUUGGAUAGCUAUACAAAAGAUCACUGCACGUGGGGAAAAAAUUGGGCUACAUCAUUUUAAGCCCAUAAGACCAUUGGGUUUUGGUGAUACUGGCAGUGUCCAUUUGGUGGAGCUGCAAGGUACGGGCGAACUGUAUGCUAUGAAGGCAAUGGAAAAAUCAGUAAUGCUUAACCGUAACAAGGUUCAUCGAGUAUGCAUUGAGAGGGCAAUCAUUUCACUACUUGAUCAUCCUUUUCUUCCAGCACUCUACACUUCAUUUCAGACUUCUACACACGUUUGUUUGAUAACAGACUUUUGCCCUGGUGGAGAACUGUUUGCCUUGCUUGAUAAGCAGCCGAUGAAAAUUUUUAAAGAGGAAUCUGCAAGGUUCUAUGCGGCGGAGGUUGUCAUUGGCUUGGAGUACCUCCACUGUUUAGGAAUAAUUUAUCGUGACCUGAAGCCUGAAAAUAUUUUGCUCCAGAAGGAUGGACAUGUCAUACUAACUGACUUUGAUUUAUCAUUUAUGACAUCGUGUAAACCUCAAAUUCUAACACACCCACUACCUAGUAAGAGGAGGAGAUCUAGGAGUCAACCACCACCAACAUUUGUUGCAGAACCAGUUGCCCAGUCAAACUCAUUUGUUGGAACUGAAGAAUAUAUUGCUCCUGAAAUUAUUACAGGUGCAGGACAUAGUAGUGCCAUUGAUUGGUGGUCUCUUGGUAUCUUGUUGUACGAGAUGCUCUAUGGUCGUACACCUUUUAGGGGGAAGAACAGGCAGAAGACAUUUGCCAACAUAUUACACAAAGACCUGACCUUUCCAAGCAGCAUUGCUGUAAGUCUUACAGCCAGACAGUUGAUUAAUGCCUUGUUGCAAAGAGACCCAGCCAACCGGUUAGGAUCAAGCACCGGUGCCAAUGAAAUCAAAGCACACCCUUUUUUCCGUGGAAUUAAUUGGCCUCUGAUCCGUUGCAUGAGCCCACCAUCAUUAGAUACACCUCUUCAAUGCAUUGGAAAAGAUCCAAACGGCAAGGAAAUACGGUGGGAAGAUGAUGGAGUGCUUGUUCAUUCUAUGGACCUGGAUAUUUUCUGAAGGAAGUUAUUGUCUUACCUAAAUUAAAUCAGGGGAUGUUGGAAGAUGGGGGGGGCUACCUCAACUUGGAAGAAAUUUCAGAUCUUGGAAGGUAAGAGAAACAGCAUCAGGAAGAUUUGCCUUGUGAUUUAUUUCGGCUGUAUAAAAGGGGGAAAGGGUGCAUGGGAGGGAGGUAUCAACGAAUGAAUUAGGCACUUGCGCAGCCUCUAUUCAAUCUUACUGGUGAUUAUUCCAUAGAGAUCCUGUAUUUAUCAGACUGUUAAUAAGAUGUUCUGAAUAAUCCUAAAUGUGGCUCAGCAUAGGGGAGCUGCCAGGUUCACCGACUUAAUUCAGUUACUGAAGGGAUGGCCGCCGUUAAGGCAUGCCUUACCAUCAUUAUUUUUUUA